GCUGGGCUGGGCUGGGCACGGAGCACUGCUCGGCUCGGCUCGGGCGGCAUGGGGGGCCCGCGGCGCCUGCUGCUGGUGUCUAACUCCACCCUGCACGGAGGGGGGUACCUGGGCCACUGCCAGCAGCACAUCCAGAGCUUCCUCGGGCAGAAGGUGAAGCGGGUGCUGUUCAUUCCCUACGCCCUGCACGACCGCGACGCCUACGCCCGGACCGCCAGGGAGAAGUUUGAGAGCCUGGGUUAUGGGCUGGACAGCAUUCACGAAUCUUGUGAUCCAGUGGAAGCUGUAAGGAAAUCUGAAGCAAUAUUUAUUGGAGGUGGGAACACAUUCCGUCUUCUGAAAGCUCUUUACGACAACAGUCUGAUACAUGAGAUCAGGAAAAGAGUUCUUGAGGAUGGGAUUCCUUACAUGGGAUCCAGUGCGGGAACUAACGUUGCUACCAUCAGCAUCAACACCACCAAUGACAUGCCAAUUGUUUAUCCACCUUCCCUGCAGGCCCUAGGUUUAGUUCCUUUUAAUAUUAACCCCCACUACCUGGACCCAGAUGUUAAAAGCACUCACAUGGGUGAGACAAGAGAGGAAAGAAUCCGCCAAUACCAUGAAGAACCAAACACCCCUCCAGUUCUGGGCUUGCGGGAAGGUGCGAUGCUGCUAGUGGAAGGAGACAAAGCCACGCUGCAAGGAGUGACAGGAGCACGUCUGUUUUUGAGGGGUAAGAAACCAACUGAACACGAGCCUGGAACAGAUUUCAGUUUCCUCCUGACUGACAGUAAUCCCCUGAAUCUGUAGCCUUCCAUUUCCUGCAGCAAAAGUUACUGUAUGGAGAAGACAAUGAGGAGGAAGGAAAGAGAUGCUUCUAAGUCCCUGGGUGGGUGGGAAACCUUAUCUUUAUUUUUAAAUAUGUAUAGUGGGCUUUUAUCCUCACCCUGAUUCAUGUCCCGGACAUCUCCUUCCCAGCAAAAAGACAUUUUUUAUUGCAAUACUUGAGUAAUCAGAGCUAUUUGAAGUCUGAAAGGGCCUGUACAUUCAUGUAUCCAGUUUGAUUCCUUCCCCACAGAAAAAAAAGUUAAGCAAUUAAGACAGGAUACCGAGUCAGCUGUUCCUGCUGCAUAGCUUUACCUGCUAAAUGAAAGAAUUGUUCCUUCAGUGUACUUCCACACUUCAUUUUUGUGCUAUUAAUAAAUGGAGAAGUUAUGCAUUCAAUUACUUUUAUUUGCUUCAGACUCAUGUUAAAUAUAUACAAUGCCAAUUAUGUACAAAAGUGUGCAUGUUAAAAAUUGUCAGGUUACAAACUUGCAAAUCCUAGAAAAGUGCAAAAUUUUAAAACAUCUUCCACCAUGCUGUACAGGAAAAAAAUCCAUCAUUAGCCAAUAUACACACUCUUAAAACAAACUGAUCAAAACAAAAUAAGACAUACAGGAUACGCUUAAAGCACCCAGAGGGAAAAAGAUAUUGCACAGAAGACUGACAGCAAGUUCAUUACAGUGCCUGAAGGCUCAAUUUUGAAAGUGGCUAUUUCCAACACUCCUCAGACCUAACAUUAACUCUAUAGAAAGGCAUUUUUUUGGCAUUUAAAAAUCCAUUUGUAAUCACAUAAUUGCACAAUCUGUAAGAAUUAUCAGAAGAUAUGGUUAACUGUUGCUGUAAGGCCUUUGCUUCCACUCCCUCAUUAGCUUUAGUAAAAAUUCAUCAAGCAAACUGAGUAGCAUCACAGUUUCCAUCAAAACACUGACCAAAGGGAGGUAAGUCUUACAUGUACCAUUUCUCUAAUCUUACAUUAAGAUGCUCGUGCAUAGUAAAGGUUUGAAUCAGAAUACUUAUUGCAAGUUUUUCUUCAAUUCUUUUUUUCCCCUCAUGGCUUUCUUUAGGCAACAGCUCACAGCUGUGCAUGAGUAAAGCAGUACUGUCAGGUGCAAGACUUAAAUUUAUUUUAAAAUGUUAUUUCAAGGCAAAAAAUACGGCUCCCUUGAGAGGAAAAUACUGACUCGAUAGGAAGCUAAAUAAACAAGUGGCCUCUUAGGUUCAGUUAGAUCUAUGAUGUAUAUGGCUGGAAGUUUUAUUUUCUAAUCUCAAAACAUCUUAGCAGCUUUAAACCAUAAUCUACACUGAUAAUCUUGCUUCUGGGACAGAAGACAUAUUAUGAAAUUGUAGCUGUGCUGAGUAUAACCACAGACAAAGUCUGGAAAUACCUGCCAAAUUUUCCAAGUCUAAUGAACAAAACUAGGGAUAACCCGACAACUGAAGGAAUUCUACUGAAAAGAAGCGAAACAUAUCUGGACCAUUUAGGUAAAUGGCUACUAAAAGAAAGACAUACCAGUCUUCUUCCACAGAUGCACAGCAAAAAGGUGAAUUAAAACCAAACAAAGGGCAGUUCCUCCCAUGGGGGGUGUUCAAGACUGCAGUAAGGUCAAUGGCGCUCAACUGAAACUGUAGAGCAUGUUAUGGUGCCACUCAGAGGCGUUUCUGCAUUCAGGCAUCUGAUGACUAUAAUAGUGAAGAAGGGGACAAUAGCAUUUUAUCAUUUUUUAAGUUUUUUUUUAAUUGCAGUAGCUUUUUAGAAAACCCUUGUGUUAACAAGGGUAAUUAGUAAUAAGAUUGGCUCCUUGGGAUAGAGGCAAAGACAUUGCAAACACUUCAGUUGACUCUAACACUGGCAUACACUGAGCCCACAUGCAUGAGAUUCCACAAAAACUUACUCUCCCCAAAAGGAGACUACUAACGAGUGUCAUUUUUACAACUGAAACUGACAUAGCUUUUAAGGCAAAAAGCAUAAAAAGAUGUAGAAGCACAUGCUUGAAUUUCCACCCAGUUAAAUACAACCCUAUGUAAUGCUUUAUUAUUACAGUAUUAGAUCAGGCCUUAGGUUCACAUUAGGAGAUGCAUUUAUAUGUGUGUGCUUUUUUUUUUUUAAAUUCUUUGAAAGGAAGAAAAGGAAAAUAGUCACAGCACUUAAGCUCGGCAUUUAACGUAGCCAGCAAGGUGCCUUUAGCAGUGGAAGACAGGAAUGCUUUCAGGUGACAACACAGAGCAUGUGUCUACACACACUCUCAAUGUAGGAGCAGAAGGACAUCAACAUUUCUACACCCCUUCUAGCUCUAAAGCUCUCUACCACCCAAUAAUCUGUAUAUAGUUACACGUUUUCCGCUAAGUACAUGUACACAGUAAAAGCUUUGUGCAGCAUUUGACUUAUAUUUUCUAAUGGUUUUGUUAAUUAAGAUUGGGAAAGACCUGCAGAGGAAACAGGGAGGAGGGAGACAUGAUUUAGGGAAGUGAGGUAUACAGCUCCCAUUGACUAAGGCAAGAGUUAAAGGAACUACCUAAUAUUGUGCACUAAAGAUAAAAAUAAAUUUAUCAUUCCUGCAGGACUAUCUUAAACCAGACCAAUGUUACUAGUCCCAUAUAGAAUUUUUCCAGUGCAGAAACUUAGUUCUUUGCAUUCAUUUAAAGGACAGAGAAAUACAACUCUCAAGAGGAUCCUUAUAAAACAGCCAAUUGACCAGGCUAUUUAAAGCCUGUGAAGACUUAGAUAAAUCUAUUUUGUGAUAAUAUUCAUGAUCUAAAAUAUACCAGAGGGGCAAAAAAGCUUCUUUAUAUCAAUGUUGCAGAUUAGCAAAAUAAUUGUAAUGUGGGUAUAAGUUGAUUUGGGUUUUUUGGGGGGAGAAGUUGUGGGUGUUUUGUUGCUUUGGGUUAUUUUUCUUUUUUUUUUUUUUUUU